CUAUGGAUUCCCAGAGAAAUGCCUCUGGAUGGAUGCACGGUUACGAGAAUGAUACUGAAUUGGUUGGCUACGUUCCUUACUCUGAACGACCGGAGACGUACAUUGUGCCAGUAGUGUUUGCGAUCAUCUUCCUAGUGGGAGUGUUGGGGAACGGUACACUGGUCUUCAUCUUCGCGCGUCACCGCACCAUGAGGAACGUUCCCAACACUUAUAUAUUCAGUCUGGCUCUGGGAGAUCUGCUCGUAAUCGUUAGUUGUGUGCCAUUCACAUCCACUCUGUACACGAUAGAGUCAUGGCCCUGGGGUGAGCUGAUCUGCAAACUGUCCGAAGCGACCAAGGACGUCUCCAUCGGCGUGUCCGUGUUCACUCUGACCGCCCUCAGUGCCGAGAGGUACUGUGCCAUCGUCAACCCCAUCAGAAGUCACAUCUCCUCCAAGCCGCUCACCAUCAUCACGGCAGUACUUAUCUGGAUCAUGUCUUUGAUACUGGCCCUUCCUGCAGCCAUAUUCUCCAAUGUCCAGUCUGCGGAUGUGCAAGACAACCAUACGAUCUUGUACUGCUCGCCCUUCCCGAGGGAAUACGGUUCUACGUACGAGAAAGGAAUGGUCCUUUUUAAAUUCCUUGCUUACUACGCAAUUCCUCUGUGUGUGAUCGCAGGUUUCUACGUGCUCAUGGCCAGGCAUCUCAUGCUCAGCACCAGGACUCUACCUGGUGAACACAACCCCUGCAAGAGCCAGUCGAAUCAGAUCCAGGCGAGGAAGAAAGUCGCCAAGAUGGUUCUAGCUUUCGUUAUCAUAUUCAUAAUGUGUUUUCUGCCUUAUCAUAUAUUCAUGUUGUGGUUCCAUUUCUAUCCAUCUUCACAUGACGACUACGACGACUUCUGGCACGCUUUCCGCAUCGUCGGCUUCUGCCUCAGUUAUAUCAACUCUUGCAUCAAUCCCAUCGCUCUGUACUUUGUGAGCAAAGCGUUUCGCAAACACUUCAACCAGUACCUGUUCUGCUGUGUGAGGCCCACCAACGAAAUCGGUGACAAUACUCUGAGUCAUCUCAACAGCUCGACCUUCCGCAGACACAACUCCGUGAUGACCAGUCACUACUCGAUCAGCCACAGUGACAAGUCCUGACGAUUCGUAUGGUGUGUCACCACGCUCGACCGCAACUGACCGACAUUAUUUGGUUUACUUUAGCAUGUAUUGUAGUAUUACAACUAUCAGCACGUUUUAUAGUAUAUUGAUACAGGUAGUAUGUGAUUGGUAAAAAUUAAACUUCUUCGUUUCACUAUAUAUUUGAUCCUUUUUGCCUUGGAUAUCUACCUUACAUAGUAAUUUAUCGCACCACAUUAAUAAACCUUGAAUUCAGCAAAUCUUUAAUAUUUAUUAAUCAUUAUAUUUUUACAGUUUUUAUGAAAAUUUCAUGAGUAAGUGAAUAAAAAUUUUAGGUUUUUUAAUUACCAUUUCUG